GGCCCAGCGCGCGAGCUGCAGCCAUUCCGCAGCCAACCGCCAUCACCGUGGCAAGGCCGCCAGGCCGCGCAAUGCUGCCUGUCCUGCUGAUCCUCUCAGGCCUGGGCCGGCUGACCUCCGCCGGCCAUCAUCCUGAAACAUCACUUCUACAAAUUACAGUGCCACGGAAGAUAGAGACAAACACCGAGGGUGAAGUUUCAGAAACGCAUGUCACUUAUGCCAUCAAAAUUGACCAGAAAAUAUACACUCUCCACCUUGAAAAACAGUCAUUUUUAGACCCUCAUUUCCUUGUGUAUGCAUACAACAAAUCAGGAACAUUGUAUCCAGAUUCUUCAUUUAUGAAGGGCCAUUGCCUUUAUCAAGGAUACGCCGCAGAGGUUCCAAAAUCAGUUGUGACACUUAGCACUUGUUCUGGACUCAGGGGAUUAUUGCAGUUGGACAACGUCAGUUAUGGCAUUGAACCAUUGGAAUCUGCAGCUGCAUAUGAGCAUAUGCUUUAUCAAAUAAAGAAUAAUAAAAUUGAGUUUUUGCCCUUACAAGAAAAUUAUCCCAUGACCCAAGUGGUAGAUCAGUCCUACCGGAUACUUGUGAAAUCAGAAAAAAAAUCAGAUGUUGAGCUAUUGAAAAGAAUUCUGAAAAUUCAAAUCAUUAUGGAUAAAGCCUUGUUUGAUUUAAUGGGCUCUGAAGUAGCAGCUGCAACUGAGAAAGUUGUCCAUAUCGUUGGUGUAAUCAACACUAUAUUUUCCCAGCUUAAAGUGACAGUUAUGCUAACUUCUUUGGAGCUCUGGUCUGAUCAAAAUAAGAUUUCGCUUAGUGGGGAUGCUAAUGAAGUACUACAAAGAUUUGUGUCAUGGAAAGAACAAUUUUUGUUUCAGAGGUCCCAUGAUAUGGCAUACUUAUUAAUUUAUAGGAACCAUCUUAAUUAUGUGGGAGCAACAUAUCAUGGAAUGGCAUGUAAUCCAAAGUUUGCUGCGGGAAUUGCUCUGUAUCCACAGAUAACUUUAGAUGCAUUUUCAGUUGUUAUGGCACAGUUGCUUGGAAUUAAUCUGGGAUUAACAUACGAUGAGAUCUACAAUUGUUACUGCCCAGGAACUACAUGCAUAAUGAAUCCAGAAGCAAUACAUUCCCAUGGUGUAAAGUAUUUUAGCAGUUGCAGCAUGGAUGAAUUUAAGCACAAGGUUUCACAGCCUGAAUUUGAAUGUCUUCAGAAUAAAACAGUUUCAGAAGUGGUUCGCCAAGGAAGAACUGCAAUUUGUGGUAAUAAAAUUGUGGAACCACCAGAACAGUGUGAUUGUGGUCUUCCAGAGGAAUGCGCUCACAAAAAAUGCUGUAAUCCUGUAAGUUGUACUCUAAUUGGAAACGCAGAGUGUGGCAGUGGACCAUGCUGUGAUAGAAGAACUUGUCUGAUAGCUGAAAGAGGACGUUUAUGUAGGAAAAUGACAGAUCCAUGUGAUUUUCCAGAAUUUUGCAAUGGAACAUCUGCGGCUUGUGUACCUGAUGUGAAAUCUGCUGAUUUAGAACCAUGUAAUAAUAAUACUGCCUAUUGCUAUGAGGGAAUAUGCCGAGAUCCAGAUGUACAGUGUGAAGCAUUAUUUGGAAAAUUUGCUAAAGUUUCUACUUAUCUAUGUGCACAAGAAGUGAAUUUUCACGCAGAUCAAUUUGGAAACUGUGCCAAACAUGGUUGCAAUUUUCGGCAUAUCCUUUGUGGAAAGAUAGUUUGUCACUGGACACAUUCACAGAUAGUACCAGUAAAAACUUUUAAUGUUCAAUAUACUUACCUUGGAGGCCAUAUAUGUUUGUCAGCAUAUUUGAGAAAUGAAACACAAUCUUCAGAGUAUGAUUUUACUCAAGUGCAUAAUGGCACAAUAUGUGGUCAAAAUAAGUAUUGUUAUAAAGGAUUCUGUAGAGAAAGAAGUGAGAACCCAGUAAAAACAAAUUGUGACUCAGUAAAAAAUUGCAGUGGACAUGGGGUUUGCAAUAAUAAGUUUAAUUGUCACUGUGAUGUUGGAUAUUCUCCUCCAAAUUGUUAUCUAAAACCAUCAUCACCAGGAGGAAGUUAUAAUGAUGGGUAUUGGUUUCCAGAGGAGAAAGGUCAAGACAUACCUGCAAAACGACAUGCUGCUCCUGAAAAAAAUGGCCUCUUAAUCAGUUUCUACAUUUUUCUACCUUUCCUUAUUUUAAUUGCCAUUAUUGCUCUUAAAUGGAAUAAAAUAAGAUUUUGGAACAGAGUGGAAACAGUAAGUGGAGAAUCUAUAUCAGAAGACAACCAUAGUAACAGCAACCAGUCAUCAAGUUAAAGCGACUAAACAAUGUCAAAAAGCCAUAGGUUGGAAAAAGGAUAUUACCAAGAUGCUAACCAUUAAUUGACCUGAUUCAAGAAUGAAAGAAAAAAAAAAAAAACCUAUUCUCUCCUUUUGUCAUGGCUUAAAGCUUUUCAACUUCACAAACAAAAAUAAAUCCUGAGAGUGAAAGUA